AACGAACGUAGCGGUGUAACGUACGUUCAAAGUUUGAAAUUCAUACGUUGGUAACGUCAUCUAAGUAACGUUACACUGCUUAAAUAUGAGUAACUACUGUACCGUAGAGUAUUGUAUUUUUUUUCAGUAUGUGUGUGUGACAUGCGCACACACAGCCAGCCAGCAGCGACCCACUGUCCGACACCGACACACCGUGAGGAAGGAGACCGACAGACAUAUCAACCGCCGCGGGGAUAUAAAUGAGACUGACUCGGCCUCAGACAGAGCAGGGACGGAGGGAAAGGGCUGUCAGACAAUGCCACAUUACUGCCGAGAAACACGGCGGUAAUUCAUGCUGGCUUUCAGAUAUAAAGCGUUUAGCAGUGAGUCGUGACUGUUGUUUUUUUUUUCUUUAAUUAUUUCCAAGAGGAUCGUCCGUUAAACAUCCUCCGGCCGUUAUGCCUCCUACUCAGAGCCUCCAAUCCAGCGGGCUGAGCCUCUCGGAAACAAGCAUGGGUAGGUUCCUUUAAGAGGAGGAAGAGGAAAUCCAUAAUCGUGACAGUGAUGCUGCUCAUUGUAUCCGUGCUGAUCCUCAUCUUCGGCCUGGCAGCGACUACCAGGACGCAGAACAUUACGGUGGGCGGCUACUACCCAGGACUCAUUCUGGGCCUCGGCUCUUUCCUGGGAAUUAUCGGCUCUCAUUUGAUAGAGAACAAGAGGCAGAUGUUAGUGGCAUCUAUUGUCUUCAUCAGUUUUGGAGUGGUUGCCGCCUUCUGCUGUGCGAUUGUAGACGGAGUUUUUGCUGCGAGGCAUAUUGACCUCAGGCCUCUGUAUGCCGGACGGUGUGAGUAUCACUCCAGUAAGACUGCAUCUGACAGUGACGUACCCUGCCAGUCAUCAUCGCGCACGUCCUGCAACCUGCGCGUGAAAAACAACACAUGUUACUGCUGCGACCUGUACAACUGUGGGAAAGAACAUCCUCUUAUGGGACUUCAGAAUAAAGAUGUUUUGAAAAAGUUUAGGAAAUCAUCCAUGAUUUGGAAGGCUAGCCGAGUAGAGGUGAUCGGAGGCUACCACGAAUACACAGAAGUCAAGAGCUGCAAAGACGUGGUGUACCUCUACCACCUUUUAUGGUCUGCCACCAUCCUCAACAUUGUGGCUCUUUUCUUGGGUAUCAUCACUGCAGCAGUGCUGGGAGGCUUCAAAGACAUGACACCAUCUACAACCACAGAGAGUGCAUCUGAACCGGAGGCCAUCUCAGCGCCCAUCCCCUCUGAGCCUCCUCCGCCCACCACCUCCCUCAACUCGUAUUACAACGCUGCCCCCUGCCUGCCGCCUUACUCUGCCUACGACGUGCAGGGCUCCUACAUGUUCGCUGACUCCUCAGGCCUGUCAGACGACUCCCAGUCUGGAGGCAGUCACUUGUGGCCCACGAUGGUCCCCCCGAAGUACUCCCCUCCUCACAACCAUCCCGACGAGAAGCCCCCGCCGUACAGCCCCUAAGAGUGCUCCGAGUGAGUGAGGAAGACACCUGAAACGGUAUCAGGUGUUGUCAAGAUGCUGAAUGAGCCGUGUCAAUGCACAACGUCUCCUCACAAUCGUCCAGAAAUGUGUUGUGGAAAAACAGAGGUAAGGAGGAGGAGGAGGAGGAAGGCCACAGAGCAUGCUAACUUUGAGUUCAGCCCCACCUAAAGGGAGCAAGUAUCUGUCUCCAGGGCACCACUCACACUCUUACCUGCACUGUGUGUGUGCACAUACAUCCAGAAAGAGACAACCUGUUUACACAUCUAUCUGCCUUAAUGCAAAAGGACUUCCAGCGCCGCAGCAAUUUGUCACCUGGAUUUAUUCUAUACAAGGUCAAAAACUCUCCGCCAGCUCGUGCAUUUUGUUCACAUCUCUUUACUGUAAAUGCUUCCUGCCUCAGAUGGUACAGAUGAUCACGUCCUCACUGUUCGCUUUGUGAGGAUCUGGACUGACGAGCACAGCUGUGACCCCUCUGUGAGAUGAAUGUUGAGUUAGAUAGAAACUUUUGGUGUCUUUCCCUGAGUUGACAGACAGCUAGAUCAUUAAAAACUGUAAAGCUUUAGGCACCGACAGUUAACUGCUAGUGUCGCUGUACAUUAUCAAAGGCAAAGUUAGCUGUAACGGAGGUAUUAAAUGCCCAUAAUGUAUGUACAGCAGUAUGAUAUACAGAUGCUCCUUUAGCACAGUUAAGCGUAAGGUAUUGUAAAACAGAUCAUGGUAUUUAUCUGCUGUUCAGUUCAUGUUAAACUAUCUCGAGCCAAUGUGUGGUGAACUACUACAGUAGUUGUUAAGGAAGGAUAAAAUUACACUCAUUAUUUAUUGUAUUUUCACUAAAUGCUGCAAAGCAGGUAAGCAUAUAUACUGUAUGUCUCUCUUUGUAAUUAGUAAUAAUUAUCACAUAUGAGCUGACAUGUCCCUUUGUAAAGAGUAAGCAGAGUGUGAACAGUCGGUGCUGGACUCACUGACAUGAUGGGAGAUCAUGAAAAACACAAGACUAAUACAAGAACUGGGAAGAGAACAAGAAACUGUGGUUUAAGUGUAACUUAGUCCAUGAAACUGUCUCUGUCAGCUUGAAUCGCUGCAUUUUAUAAUUUAAACUACACAUUCUCAGGGGCUGAUAAGUGUCAGUUCCUCUUUAUGUCUUGCCAUUAAAAUUUGUUUUGUGUAAUUGA